AUGCAGCGAUGUGGUAUCACCAUAUUCGAGAGUAGACUUUAUGUACCGCAACUCAAUUCAACUAGAGCUUUUUGGGAAUAUGUGAAUAUGAUGUUUAAUAAACCUGACCUCGAUCGGCUAAAGAAAGUCGGUCCGGAUCGAGCGUGUGCCGAAUGGGUGCUAAGAAAUGGUGGUAAAGUAACAUGGGCAGAUGGAAAGAAACUUUCAGACUAUAAUUUACUUCCACCAGAGGAACAAAAAGGACCUAAGUUGAUUGAAAUUGACGGAACUGAUUCUUCUAUUUCACACCAUGGUUUCCCGCACUUAAGUGGAUGCACAAUGUUAAAAAAGAUUGUGCUACACAAUAACAGCUAUAUUGAUGAUAGAGCUCUUAAAGGACUGGCAUAUGGCAAAGAUGUUUUAACUUUUGUUCAGGUAUCAAAAUGUGUUAAUGUCAAAGACAUUGGUCUAAAAGAGCUGGUUGCUUUAAAAAAUCUUCAAACUCUUAUAUUGUAUGAUUUAACAAGUGUACAAAACAUUGAAGACUGUAAACAUUUUAUAAAGUCUGGCCUACCUGCAUGUAAAAUAUUAGGUGAUGCAGAUGAUAUUAUAAGU